AUGAAACAAUGUGAUCAUCCGAACCUGGUCAAACUGUAUGCUGUUUGUACGAAAGAAGAGCCAUUUUACAUAAUCACUGAGUACAUGGUGAAUGGCGCACUGCUUCAUUAUCUACGUACCGAAGGUGCAACUCUUACCCUUCAAGCGCUUGUCGAUAUGUGUGCACAGGUGGCGAAUGGCAUGAUGUAUUUGGAGGAGCGUAAACUGGUACACAGAGAUCUCGCGGCGAGGAAUGUGCUGGUCGGCGAUAAAAUUUCUGGUGUCCCCGUUGUUAAGGUAUGUGCUGUUAAAGACUGA